AUGUCAUUUCCAAUUGAAGAUAUUGCCAGUGCAAAAACAAAGAUAGAAGGGAACCUCAAAUUGGUCGCAGCUUGGUUUUUUGAAAAUAAAUUGUUGAUAAACCCCGAGAAGACAAAGUUACUCUUGAUAGGGACUCGUCAACUGCUCGGUAAGCUCCUUGAGGAUCGAGACGACAAUUACAUUUCUUGGAGAAGAGAUUACACCAACCACAAAUGCCAAAGACCUGGGAUUAACCCUAGACAGUUAUCUGACAUACGAUUACCAUAUCAAAAAUAUUGUAUCAUCUUGUAUGGCCAAGCUAUGUCAGAUAAACAGAGUAAAGGAUAG